UGUGUGUCGUGAAGAUUUUUUGGAGCUUCUGUUGUGGGAAAAAAACCCAGAAAGAACAAAAAGGAAGUCCGAUCUGACAAAAAAACCACGAUGUGAUGAAGGAGACUCGAGAGGCGGCAUCGUGCGUUUUGAAAUGUCCGCUGCAGCUGAUUUUUGGGCCAGUAUGCCGGCAUUUUUUUCAAAUCCGAACACCGAGAGAUUUUGCCGAAUAACAGGAGACCUGCACAGCUGCUGCUGCUGCCGGUACGUGAACGACUUCACACGCUGAAGGUAAUAAUAAUAAUAAAAAAACACGGCUCGGUGUUUGCGCUUGAAUUUAUUUCUUUUGCCCCCUCCUGUCUCUUUCUCUCUCGCUCGCUUUCUGUUGCAUCAAUUUGAUGCUGCGUGAGGCUGCUGGGCGAUGAUGCAUCUGUGGGGUUUGACUGUGUGAAUUCGCAUCCCAUCAAGUCUGUUUACCCAGCUCGGACUGCUCUCCUCGGCAAUGUGAAUUCGAGCAAUUAAGCCAGUUUGUGCUGAGACACCUUGUGACGGGAAGAAAAAGAGAAAGAAGAAGCAAAAUGCCUUAUUUCAACGCGAGGUGCGAGGAUGCCUGUAGCUGUGAUUGUGCCAUUGCUGCGGCACACUCCGGAGCUCCUCAGCUCAAGGCAGACACAACUAACCUCAGCUGAACAGGAGACAGCAAGCUAUCAGGUGCUUUACCACCCAACGUAAGCCAUACGAGUCCGUGCAUGCAUGUGUGGAAAAGGCCGAACUGCUGACACCCUCCAGGGAGGCCAUCUAUUGCACUGAGGUUUUCCCCAAAAUCUGCCACAUCCCCAAACCCGUCUGAGGACUGCUGCGAGCUUACAAGCUUCCUGAUGAUUUUUGGAGAACAGCCCUGAUGCAUCUUGUGAGUGUGAAAACUCUAAGAGCUUUUUGCCAGGUUUGCAUCAACAGACAGGAGACAGAGCAGACGGUAACUCUGUGUGUGUCAUGUUAGAUGCUGGACUCUUGCCUGCUCCCUCCAACUCUCAGCCAAAAGCUCUGACCUGCCCUGUCUGAGCCUUUUGUAUGAGCAUCGCUGCUUUGCCACAAGAGCACAACGGGGGAAACAGUAUCAAGCAGCACCAACAGUUUACAGACCUUAUUGCUUGUGUGACUUCCUAAAGAGCCCCCUCACCCCUACCCUGUCUCUGUCAAAGUAAGAGACACCAGAAACCAGGGUCAGGAUGCAGGUGUCUUUUGCCUGCACUGAGCACAACCUCAAGAGUCGCAGUGAGGACCGACUUUGUGGCCUUCGCACUGCUCCACCUCCUGGAGGAAGCAGUGGAGGAGUAGGGGGAGGAGGAGGUGGCGGUGGUGGAGGAGGAGGAGGAGGAGGAAGUGGCGGUGGUGGUAGUGGAGGUGGUGGUGGAGGAGGUGGUGGUGGUGGACAAGGUAGUAAUGGCAACUACAUCUCCCAAGGCUCAGUCAAGACCAGGGAGGGGUCCGGUUCCCGUCAGGCCCCACAGGGCCAUGCCCACAUGAAGGAGGCCAUCGGGCGCCACACCAAUAUGAAGUACAGGAACCUGGGGAAGUCAGGCCUUCGUGUUUCCUGCCUCGGGUUAGGCACCUGGGUGACAUUUGGAUCACAGAUCUCUGAUGAGAUGGCUGCGAACCUGAUGACCAUAGCUUAUGAGAAUGGAGUGAACCUGUUUGACACGGCAGAGGUGUACGCCUCUGGAAGAGCGGAAAUCACUUUAGGCAACAUCAUCAAGAAGAAAGGAUGGAGGCGCUCAAGUUUUGUCAUCACAACAAAGAUCUACUGGGGAGGCCAAGCGGAGACAGAGAGAGGACUCUCUAGAAAACACAUCAUUGAAGGUUUAAGAGGAUCCUUAUCAAGACUGCAACUAGAUUAUGUGGACAUCGUCUUUGCCAACAGAAAUGAUGUCAACAGUCCAAUGGAAGAGAUUGUACGGGCCAUGACGUUUGUAAUAAACCAGGGGAUGGCCAUGUACUGGGGAACCUCACGCUGGAGUGCCAUGGAAAUCAUGGAGGCAUACUCUGUGGCACGGCAGUUCAACCUGAUACCACCUGUGUGUGAGCAGGCAGAGUAUCACUAUUUCCAGAGGGAUAAAGUUGAGGUGCAGCUUCCUGAACUCUACCACAAGAUCGGUGUUGGAGCAAUGACCUGGUCUCCACUUGCUUGUGGAUUAAUCACGGGGAAGUACAGUGAUGGUGUACCAGAGUGCUCCAGAGCAGCAAUGAAGGGAUACCAGUGGCUGAAGGAGCGAGUGAACAGUGAGGAGGGUCGCAGGCAGCUCGCUAAAAUCAAGGAGCUCCAUCUACUGGCAGACAGACUGGGCUGCACUGCUGCACAGUUAGCCAUAGCCUGGUGUCUACGCAGUGAGGGAGUCAGCUCAGUACUUCUGGGUGUUUCUACUACAGACCAGCUGCUUGAGAACCUGGGUGCCCUUCGGAUUUUAUCCCAAAUGACCCCUCAAACCAUUACCGAGAUUGAUGCCCUGCUGGGAAAUAAGCCACACUCAAAGAAAGAGCUGCGUGCUUAAAGAUGCAAAUCCGAGUGACUGAUGAAGAUUGAAGAAGAUGAGGAAGACAAUGACAUUGGGAAACAUCGCUUUAUGCUCUGCUGUAUACUCAACAACUUGCAUGUCCUCAGCAACAUUAUGCUUCCAGUAUGUGCGCAUAUCCAUUGUGCACAGUACAUUAUAUCAUGUAUGAAAAAAAAGAUCUCUCAAUUGUGAAAAAAACAAAAAACAAACAAAAACAGGUCAUAUAUUACUCACUGCCGAUUGUUCACAGACUAAUUAUUUCUACAGAGGGGGAAGCUAAAGCUGGUUGGAGUGACAGGUCUCUGCCAAACACAGAGACCAAGAGAGGUUGAUCUGUCAAAGCAGAUUUGACUCUUUGUUAAUCAAAUGUUAUAAAGUGGCGGGGAAAAAAAAAUAUUCCACCUCUGUGCUAAAAUGCAACUUUACUGCGUGAACGGUGCUUUCAUUGGACGUCUGAUUCUGCUCCCCUCGCAGCUGCCUGUUAUUCUGUAUGAUGUUUAGUACCCAGCAGCCAGAGAGCCAAAGGUUAGUACUCAUGUGUCUAGCCUAACAUUUCCCAUAGUGUGCAUGUGACUGGUCUGCCACGCUCACUGCUUUACAGGGUUGGGAACAAUGGAUUACUUGUAGAGUUGUUAAUGUGGCCCGACUGUAGAAAAAUAACCGUAAUCCAGUCUGGUAUAACUUGAAAAAAAAAAAAAAAAAGGACACAUCACAUGCUUUUCACAAACACAUUUUAAUUCACACUGAAAUAGUGAUUGAUUUUGACAAAAUAUUACUUGAAAUGAAUGGGAAAAUAUUGCAGUGAAUACAUUGGCUUUUAUAUUAUAUGCAUUAUGUUAGUUAUUGCAGUGUAAAAACUGGCAAUUAGAAUAGGAUUCAGUAGUGGGUAAGAUUUUGAAAGUAACCUUUCCCAACCCUGCUUCUUUCUCAGCAGCCUUUUUGCCUCCUCUGUUUGUAAACUGUGCGCAUGUCCCUUUAAGAGAGAAUAGCCCUAACAGGGUGUAAAUGUGGCAUGGCUUUUAUGGCUUAUGUAGAUUUUGCAGUGCCCUUGUAAGCCAUUGUUUUUUUGUUUGUUUGUUUUUUACUCUAAAUGGUCUGGCAGUUUGAUCCAGGAUCUGUGCUGGUGGGCACUCUUGCUUUAAAGACUCUCUGCGUUCUGAAGACACAGCUGUGUGUCCAUCUGACAUAUUAAUCUUUGUAUUGUCCUAAACUGUAUCAAAGAUGUUGACAUCACGUUCAACGAUGCCGUUCUUGUGGAGAGCAUCUUUGUUCCUAAAUCAGAGGUUUUGAGGCAGUUGGACUACAUGGAAAGGUCACUGAGCAUCUGACACAAAGAUCUGGACACACUGUGGUGAACUAGUAGUUUUCAAAUGAUAGGACAAAAAAGAAAAAUCAAGUUUAUCAAAUGUGAUAUUACUCUUGCCACAGGUCACUUGGGGUAAGAUUUAGCAAAUGUAAUUUUUUGUGGAAGCCUAAAAAUAUAGCUUCUCUGCUCAUUUCUCUGGGAGUUUUCUCUCUCGUGCUCUGUAUAAUUCGUUCCCUUGAUUCUUGCACACAUGCACAACUCAUUUUAUACUGUGCAUUUCAUGUCUAUUCCCUUUAGUUUUGUAUUGAUUUCAGUACUUUGUAAUGUGAAGGGGGGAUUUGUUCCUUCUGUGAUUUCCCAUGAAAACAGCACUAAUCUCCAGAGCAGUGGGUGUUUUGAUACAUGAAGUUGUUUUAGUUGGUACGAGGUUACAUUGUACUGUAAAUAGGCUUAGCUAUUUGGCAGUGAGAAAACAAGAUAAAAGGUUAAAUAUGUGAAUCAUGAAAUGGUGAAGGAGCAACUGAAUCGUUGCUCCCCUCUGUGACUCUGUGAUGAUGUACAGUUCGACUGAGUGUAGCUUACAGUGUACAUAGAUUCUUCAAUCAAACUUUGAAAGUGUAACCUUGCCUGCAUAACUUAUAUAUUUUACUGUCUUGCAACAAAGAGAAGCCAAAAGAGAAGAAACUGCUCACAC